GUCUUUGUGAGCACAAAAGGGCUUAGCCCUUCAUGUAGUCUUCAUUUGUUCCUCAUUUUCCACUGUUACAGGGCUUACACCCACGCUUGUUUCAUUUACACUGAUGUUUACAGUUCAGAAACAAGAAGUUGAAGAAGGCGAAGAUACAAGAACACUCGAUCAAAGAAUCAACGAUACAGAAUACGUAGAAUCAAACCAUAAUCACUGCUACAUGGAACCCACGUCAAAUUCACCACCAACUCCACCGUUUGCGCUCAAAGAAGAGCCAGACACAGACGAGAGGUCACCGUCAAGAUUAGGUAUUAUGCCGGUUGCAGUCCAAGUGCCGGCGACGACACCUCUGCCGUUAUCUUCGGCGCCACCUGCGCCAAAGAGAGCUUCAACGAAAGACCGCCACACAAAGGUGGAGGGUCGUGGUCGGAGGAUCCGAAUGCCAGCCACGUGCGCAGCUCGUAUUUUCCAGUUGACCCGGGAACUUGGCCAUAAGUCGGACGGGGAAACCAUCAGGUGGUUACUUGAACACGCGGAGCCUGCAAUUAUCGCGGCCACAGGUACCGGAACCGUUCCCGCCAUCGCCAUGUCAGUGAAUGGGACUCUCAAAAUCCCAACAACAAGCAACGCUAGUUCCGAACAAGGUGACCAAAGCGUUAAAAAGAAGCGGAAACGACCAGCGAAUAGCGAGUACGUGGAUGUAAACGAUGUCGUAUCAGUCUCCUCCGGUUUGGCUCCUAUUAGUACUGCUGCUAGUUGUACCCAACAAGCAGUAACACAAGUGGCACAAGUGCCACAAGGGCUGGUACCCAUGUGGGCCAUACCAUCAAAUGCCGUCGUUCCCGGUGCGUUCUUCAUGGUGCCACAACCUAUGGCAGCCAUUGCUAGACCUUCUAAUCAGCCUCAGAUAUUCGCAUUCCCAGCAACUGCGACGCCACUAAUUAACAUAGCUGCAGCUAGACCCAUUUCUUCUUUUGUAUCGUCCAUGCAACAACAUGCCGCUAAUAUAGCCACCCCGCUUCAAAUUCAAACAAAUGUAACAACAACGUUAGGUUCCACUGUUUCAACUUCAAAUCCAUCCAAAACAGCGUCAGUCAUGGCUCCAAGUUCAGGUUCCGCUACUACUACUAAUACCGGGACAACACAGAUGCUACGAGACUUUUCGUUGGAGAUUUACGAUAAAAAAGAGCUUCAGUUCAUGACUCGCUCUGCAAAGCACUGAAAUCUAGGAAACAAAGUGUUUCCCGUGUAAUAUAUGUGGGAUAACGGUUCUUGGUACCAUGCAGUACUUGUAUAUCCGCCAUUAACGACCCUCGAAGUUGGCCUUCUUUCUUUCUCAAGCAGAGUUGGUUUUUUUUUUUUUUUUUUUUCACUCUCGCUCGUCAGAGAUUGGUGAAGGAGAGAGAAUACACGUGCUCACGUGGGGCAAGUUUGAAAGACGUGCACGUGUGAUGUGGGUUCGUAUUAGGCGGGGAAAGGGGUCCACAUACGUUGUGGGACGUGGGUCAACACUCAAAUAAAAAUGCAAAGGGAGGGUGCUCCGUGGAUCGUGCAAGCCAGGAUAUUAUUUAUUUAUUUUUGGCAGAGUAGAAAAGCGGGGCCACCUCAUCGCUCUCUCAUCUCAUGUGAUGUGGGGCGCGGGUCCCAAAGAGAGGAGAGAGAUGUGGGUCCAUCUAGGCUAACGGUAUCGUUUCCACAUUGUUUCCAAGGCGGCCGCUUAAUGGUCCCCAUUGUUGGUUCGGUGGUCCGACCGAGAACAGUGGGGCUAAAAGAUUUAGGGCAGCAGCGAGCGACACGUGUCGGUGGUUUAGCUUUUUUGGGUGUAGUACUUUUUUGUAAGACACGUGGGCUCCUCUUAUGGAUGGCCCACAUUCACAUAGUAGUUGCUUACAAAAGAGAAAUGGUGAUGGGGAUGAUGAUGAUGAUGAUGAUGAUAGCAUCAGAUGCGGCUGAUUUAGAUUUUCACUUUGCCUCUGAUUUAUAAACUUUGUAAAUAAAUAAAUAAUGGAAGUGAAGAGCCACAGCAUUUUAGUUUCUUAUUC